AUGUCACUACCGUCGGUGUACUUGACCGAAAUCGAGUCCCUCAGUCAAGAAAUUAUUAGAAACCAACCUACCGAUAUUUUACAAUUCUGUGCCAACUAUUUUAGUCAACGUCUAGAAACUGAGCGCACUGGGUUUCUGUCAUCUCGCAAUAGAUCAUAUCGUUCCGUAUCACCAGGGACCGCAAAUCGGCCGAGAAUGGCUGGAAACACAUUCCCUGGUCGGCUUGGAACUCACGCCAAUCCUUUUGGUGGUGAUGGAAAUGGUUUAGGACAUGAACAAGCGGUUCCCGGCAAUAUUUCAAAAGUCAUAGAGGAGGAUGAAAAUGAUACGAUAACAUCACCAACAACACCAAGUUUUGGAUUCUCAAAGGGAGUUCCUUCAUUUGGAGCUUCGUUUGGAGCUUCAUUCGGAGGAGAUGCAAGUACCGGAGACUUUCCACCAUCUUCUUUCAAGCCUGCGAGCGAAGGAUUUCCCGAGCAUUACGGCAUGGGGAGGCGCACUUCUGUUUCAGCCGAAUCACUCAACCCAACAGCUUCAUCCAACGAUAACUGGACUCCACCCUUUCAUCAAAAAACACCGGAUCAAGUAGCACGCUUAAAGAAGUCAAUUUCGGGAAACUUUCUUUUUAGUCAUCUCGAUGACGAACAAAGCGCUCAAGUACUAGGUGCUCUCGUAGAGAAGCCAAUUCCUGCCGUUGGUAUUAAGGUCAUCUCGCAAGGUGAUCAGGGAGAUUUCUUCUACGUAGUCGAGAAAGGCUCUUUUGACGUACAUGUCAACUCCACUGGCUCACUGCAACCAGGUCCCGAUGGUCUCGGGUCCAAGGUAGCCACCAUUGAGCCUGGUGGAUCCUUUGGUGAACUCGCCCUGAUGUAUAACGCCCCCAGAGCAGCCACAGUCAUAUCUGCAGAGGGUUCCUGCACUCUCUGGGCCCUAGAUCGUAUAACUUUCCGCCGAAUUCUUAUGGAUUCAACAUUCCAGCGCCGUCGUCUCUAUGAAAGUUUCCUCGAAGAAGUGCCACUUCUCUCAACUUUGACCCGUUAUGAAAGGUCGAAGAUUGCUGAUGCUUUGGAGACCCAGAAAUACCCGCCUGGUACUUCGAUCAUAAAUGAAGGAGAUGCUGGAGAGGCAUUCUAUCUUCUUGAGAGUGGAGAGGCUGAAGCAUACAAGCGUGGCGUAGAUAACCCAGUAAAAUUAUACCACAAGGGAGACUAUUUCGGAGAAUUGGCGUUACUAAAUGAUGCUCCCCGAGCUGCUAGUGUUGUUAGCAAAACCGAAGUAAAGGUAGCUACCCUUGGCAAAAACGGGUUCCAGAGAUUAUUGGGACCGGUUGAAAGUAUUAUGAGAAGAACAAAAUAUGAAGGCGUGGAGAGCAUUGAUCCCCUUCACCAGAACUAA